AAGAAAAAUUAAAAGAUAAAAAGAAAAAAAAAAAACCAAAACUGUAAUUUAAAACAAUUAAAAACUGUAAGUGAAAAUAAAAAAUAACGUAAAUUUAUAAAAAAACAUAUUUGGGCUAUUUUUUGGGCCAAAACUCAAUAUAAGUCUGUUUCGAAAUUCGCGAAUUUUACAUGGGAGCGGGAAAAUAAACCUCCAAAACAAGUGCCAUAUAGACAGAGAGAAGAUCAGAAGCGUACUGAAGAAGCCUUAACAAUCUUCUUCUUCUUCUUCUUCUUCUUCAAGUUUCUCUUUCAGCAUUACAGUCGAAAUGGGCAGAAGUGUGAAGGGAGAAGCACCCAGUAGCCGAGUGGAGACCGCGAGAGAGCUUAGAGCAGUAAAGAGGGAACGACUGAGUCGGAACCGGGUUGAGUCGUCGACUCAGCAACCGCAUCAAGAUGAUAGUGUUGUGGAUCGGAGAGUCCUUCGGUCUAAGUAUCUUGCUUUGUAUAAUAAGAUCAACGUUGAGAGAGAUGAUUUAGCACAAGUUGAUUCAGAUAAGUUUGCUACCAUCAUAAAGGAGGUCGAAGAUUUACAUCAACAUGUACAAAGGCCAAGAGAGCAAGUUGCAGAUGCAGAAGCAUUGUUGGGAAUUGCUAGCACAUUGGUGACCUCUGUGAAGUCACAGUCCAACGAGGGAAUUACUGCAGCAGAUUUUGUUUCUGGUUUGCUUGCAGCCUUUGGCCAAUCCAAUAGGACAUUAGGCAAUGAAGGGAUUGAUGACAAUUCCCCUACUUUUAUCAACUGGAAGGAUAUUGGCCUUGUUGUUUCCCCUAUUUUUAAAAAAUGUAAUGGGUUUAGCACAAUGGUUGGACCGAUGAACACUGAGUUGAAGCAAAGAAAGGCUGCAGUUAAUAGAAGUAGACGUGAAAAGCCAACUGAAAAAUCUCAGCCUGAAGAGGUUGAUGAUUCCGAGGCAGAAAAGAAAACAGAUACUGAUAAUAACAUGUCAACAAUGUUUGAGAUCUUAAGAAGGAACAAGCGGGCUAGACUUGAAAAUUUAAUCUUGAACAGAAGGUCUUUUGCACAGACUGUGGAGAAUUUAUUUGCUCUGUCAUUCUUAGUUAAAGAUGGACGGGUUGAGAUUAUUGUUGAUGGAAGCGGCCAUCACCUCGUUUCACCUAGGAAUGCUCCUGCUGCCAGUUCUGUGAUGUCAGGGGAGGUUGCUUACAGGCAUUUCGUGUUCAGAUUUGAUUUCAAGGAUUGGAAGGUAAUGAUGGACAUGGUGCCGCAAGGUGAUGAGCUAAUGCCGGAUAGGAAAAACUCUGUUUCUGAGACGGAGCCUGAAACUAACAUUAGUCAAGGAAAUACGAACAGGACACCUAUUAGGAAAUUAUGUAGGAACCGUGGUCUUGUUGUACAAGAAGAUUCAGUUGUAGAAGACUCUCCUGAAAUUGAAGCUGCAAAGGGCAUUGGCUCCCUUAGGUGUAGACGUAAGAUCACUUGAGGGAGGGAUUCCAUCAUUUGAUUAACAUCAGAAUCAGAUAGCAACGGUGUGCAGGUUCCAUCACUUUUUGGCACAUAAGGUGUACUUAUUUUGGGUCUUGGUUAGUUUUCUAAUUUAUAUGCUUCUUCCUUGGCAAUCUAUUGAUGCCUUUUAUCACACUAACUUGAGAGUAGUUUUCCAGUUAAUGUAAAUUUUGUUUAUCAGUCUUACAGCUUCACAUGGUUCGAGAUUGUUUUGAGUGUUAAAAAAGCAGAUCUAUUUUUCUUAUAAA